GGGAAUCAGCUGUUUUCCAAGAGGGCGCUGGGAUCGUCUAAGAUCGUCUAGGGUUCAAAAAAGAUGGACGACAACAAGCAAUAGAGGUUGGAACGCGCAGUACGACUUGUUGUGGUUGGGAUGUAGGUUUGGCCCGUUCCGCUUUGUCCCUGUACCUUUAAGGCUCCUCUUUGAUUAAGAAACUCAAUCCGCCCCGAGAUGAUGCCUCUGUGGAAGAAGGCAACGUCCCCGACGAUAGAGGAAGCGGCCAGGGAUAUUAUGAUCAAGCGCUCGCUCACAAAACAUCUCGCCAAGUGCGUGCACGACUUACAGCAACAGCUUAUCAACGCGGACGAUGUUGUCAUCGGUGGAGAGAACGUCUCGAACGUCUGCUUCUGCCUCGAGGCCAUCUUCAUCCACGGACUUAAGGACACUCUCGCCAAGAAGAUGUCGAGCGUGUUUAACAGUGGCAACGAAAAGAUACCGGACUUCUGGCCCGUGGCUAUGGUGUACUCGCACAAGAACGUCCUGGCGCACAUAAACAACCUGAGCCAGAUCACGACGGACGUGGGGCGCUGUCGAGCGUGGCUUCGACUGGCGCUCAAUGACUCCCUGCUUGUCAGCUACGUCGAAGCCAUGAUCCAGGACGGCAAGACGCUCCCCUGCUACUACCGCUCGACUGCCUACAUGUCCGAUCGCGAGCAGCCGGGCAUCCUCAAGCAGUUCCUGGAGGGAUUGGCGGGCUUCUCUUUCCAAGUGCCCGUCAACUGCGCCAUCCUGAACUGCUGGAAUCCGACCCCGCUGCAACUGGCAGGCCUCUGGAAGUUCGCGGACAGUGCGGAGCCCGUGAUGCCGGCCUUCGACGUGACCGAGUUCUUCCAGCACGAGGCCGGUCAGUCGAGGCGGUUGCGCAGCAAACUAUCCGUGACGGCGGCCAGGAAAGUGACCGCGUCUAUGGCCAUCCAGGCCGACGGGCCCGCGGCCGAGUCUCAGCACUCCGCAGCUUCGGGUCGCGGGGGUGGUGGUGUCGGAGUGGCCGAAGCGCCCUCGGCCAUCGCGACGGCGGGCAACGAGGCCGCGCAAACAAACCCUGACGCCCCUCUAGAGCAGCCCGGAGAGGGCUCCAAGGAAGAAGGGGCGCAGACCACGGUCUCCACGUCCGUCGGUAGCAGCAUCGGUUCGGCCCAAGUCCGCGAGCUGUUGCACGCGCUGCAGCUGGACGCGAACGAAGGCAGCGCCCAGCAGUCUGACCACACGGGAUCUCCUGCGUCGGUGCCGGACUUGGACGCCAUGGAGAGGUUCCCCGGGGAACCGCGGCGCUCCUUCGGCAACGUCCUCGACCCGAGCCAGGGCUGGUCUUCGCCGUUCGACGAAGACUAUGAAGACGUCGACCCCCCCGCGGGCGGGGAGAGGUCGGACGGCGGCUCCGAGGGCUCCCUGGACCCGCAGAGCUACGACUCGUUGGUGCUCAGCUACACGCAGAACAUCAACCAGAAGCUGAGCGGGACGCCCGAGAUGAGGGACCUCAUUUCUUCCGCCAUUAGAGGCUCAGGAAGCCAGGCAGCUCAAGAGGAUGCUGGUGCAGAGACAGAAGAGCGCAGCUCUACCACCGACUCCCUGGAUGAUCUGGCCGAUUUCGAGGUGGUUCCGUCCUCACGUGCCCCCGAUCCGCGGACAGCUCACCUGCUGUCCCUCCUCGGCAACAUUCAGCAAGAGAAGGGCUUGGACCAGCAGUGCUACGAGUGCCGCGGCUGCAGUGCCCCCAUAGGCAUGAUCUACGGGCCCUCGCACGUCUGCACCUAUGACGGCUACUCUUACUGCCCCGACUGCAUGCGCGAGGACAGCCACGUGAUCCCAGCCCGCAUGGUCCACAACUGGGACUUCCGGAAGCAUCCCGUGUCCGUCGAAGCCAAGGCCUUGCUCAAGAAGUACGAGUCGGAGCCCCUCUUAGACUUGCGUGCCCUCAACCCUUCGCUGUAUGCAGCUGUGCCCGAACUGGCCACCGUGCAGGUCCUGAGGUCUCAGCUGGGAUUCCUGCGGCCUUAUCUGCAGACGUGCUCCGAAUCGGCAUCGAGUGCACUCCGCAAGCUCAUCUGGCCUCGGGAGCAUCUGUAUGAGCACGUCCACCUCUACUCUGCUUUCGACCUGUUGCAGGUGCCAUCGGGUGCGCUGCAACGGACGCUGGAGAAGGCCAUCAAGUUUGCACGGGCACAUGUGUUGGCCUGUCAGCUGUGUGCAGCUAAGGGUUUUGUCUGCGAGAUUUGUCAGGACCCCGCUAUCAUCUACGCCUUUGACACUGCAGUCACAUACCACUGCGGAUCCUGUUUCGCUGUGUACCACCGCACUUGCAUUGAGAACAGUCGUUCGUGUCCCAAGUGUGAGCGCAGGCGUCAGCGCCAAGAGGCCUUAACAGACGACGAGGCAGCAGUGUCGCCGGCUACAAACACUGACACUGUCGUUUCGUGAGUGUUACCAGCUGGGACAGGAGCUGAUUGUCCAAAUUGUGUGAGAAUCUUAGCAGCAUGUACUGCUUGUUUUUAGAGAUGUUGAUUGUUUUUAAGUGCUCAGCUCCGUGUCUAAAUUCAUUUUAGCCAAAUGUUCGAGACAGAUUGGUUUUGAGUGCAACGACGUAAGAAUGCAUGGGCUGCACAGCAAGGAGAGUAUCCAUAUGCUACUGAGAUAGUCCAGUGAUAUAGCCAUUCAAGUGCUCUUCUUAAAUUGCUUUUAUAUACAUGUAUACAUACAAACUCUACACGUAAGAUGGGCAGACGUAUGCCAGGAUGAUGCUAUAUUGCUAAUAUAUUUUAAGGAACAGGG